GAUGUAAAAAUGCAAUGGCUCUUGGAAUGGAGAAUGGCACAAUUCGUGAUAAUCAAAUCACAGCAUCUAGCGAAUAUGGCAGAUAUUACGGCGCAUCUAAUGGAAGGCUAAACUACACACCAAAAAGCGGAACAAUUGGGGCAUGGUCAGCAAGAAUAAGGGAUCGCAAUCAAUGGCUGCAAGUGGAUUUUGAACGAUCGACCAUCAUUACAGGAAUAAGUACUCAAGGCCGUGAUUCCUAUCAUAAUCAGCAUGUCAAAAAUUACACGAUUUCUUUCAGCGUUGAUGGAGCAAAAUUCCAUAAUUAUGAACCAAAUGGAAUACCUGAGGUUAGCUGAAUUGUGGUCUUCGUUGUGAGAAACAAGAAAUUAUAAUUAACUUUUGUUUUUAUUAUGUUCGUUUUGAUUUUAGAUAUUUGAAGGAAACA